UACAAAUUAAUUUAUUUAGUUUAGUUGAAUGCAGACGGCUUAUCAAGUUAGGAUUCCAAGUGGCAUGUGCGUUUAAGAGAAGGCUCUUUCAACCUCAUCUUCCGGUAACUUACCUGAAUAAACCAAAACGUUGAAACAUCUUCUGGAUUUUAUCCUCUAUAUAUUUCUCUAUUCCUGGGUAUUAUUCUCUCAUUCGCUUGACAACCUUGAGACUGAUCCUCAUCAUUUCUUUUGCUUCAGCUCACUUGCUCUUUCUUGUUUGCUUGUUUCUAUUGUACAAUUUCAGUGAUGGAAUCAGCUUGGGUGGAUACUACUCUGGACCUCAACAUCAAUCCUUUCCAUCACAAAGCUCUGAAGCCAGAAUCCGAGGGAGAAGUGACUGACUCUGAUGUGAAGGCACCAGUUAAACAAGAGACUGGAGUUUUGGUGGCUGAAUUGAAUCGGAUUAGCGCUGAGAACAAGAAACUAACUGAAAUGCUAACAGUUUUGUGCGAGCAAUACAACGCUUUGCAGAACAAAUUCAUGGAAUUGGCGAGCAAGAACUCUGAAAAUGAAGCUGCAACAUCAAAAAAGAGAAAAGCCGAUUGUGAGGAUUAUACAAACAUGAUUGGAUUCCGUAGUGGAAACACUGAAAGCAGUUGUAGUGAUGAAGAGACAUGUAAAAAGCGUAAGGAAUGCCUCAAGGCAAAGAUUUCAAGUGUUUAUAUGCGCACAAAUCCUUCUGAUAACAGCCUGAUUGUGAAGGAUGGAUAUCAAUGGAGAAAAUAUGGUCAAAAGGUUACAAGAGAUAACCCCUCUCCCAGAGCAUACUUCAAGUGCUCCUUUGCCCCAAGUUGUCCAGUCAAGAAAAAGGUGCAAAAAAGUGCUGAAGAUCCUUCAAUCUUGGUGGCUACUUAUGAAGGAGAGCACAACCACGCACACCACUGCCCAGCUGAAUUAUCAUUAAGCCCCAACUCUAGUUCCAACCCUCGUUCAGCUCCUGUUUCUUCCCCUACCAAAUCUUCAGCUCCCACUGUAACUCUUGAGUUGAUGCAACCAGCUGGAUUGGGCGAUGAUACCAAAAAGCCAGCCCAACAAAUUGAUGCAUCAGCUAUGCAACAGAUUUUAGUGACACAAAUGGCAUCUUCUUUGACUAGAGACCCGAAUUUCACAGCAGCCCUAGCUGCAGCCAUUUCAGGAAGAGUUGUAAACCAGAAUAGAAAAGAAAAGUGGUGAAAUUCAACAUACUUAGGGGUGAAUUUCAUAGUUCUGUAUUUUUCUUGGUUCGGCUGAAAAUGGGAGAGAGUGUGUAAGUGAUGUACAUGGAAUCUUGAAUCUAGUGUCAAAAAAGAGAAAAAUGAAAAGAAAAAAAAAAGGUAAUAUUUGCCCAAGUAAUUCAGCAGGACAAGAAUUAAAAUUCAUUAUCCAAUUCAUGCAAAUUCAGGAAA